AUAUACUAUUGACGUUGGUGUAUGUGUGUAUAAAAAGCCAAUUAAUCAACCACGGCUUAAUAUAAUAUUAUAAUAAAUUAUUUUCUGUUUUGACUUUUUGUCUGACUAUUGUACAAAUUAUUUUCGCUUUCGGUAUGGAGAAUAAUAUGUCGUUAUCUGAAUAUUCCAAGGAACCCGACAGAACCACAGACGUGCAAACCCUCAAAGAGAUGCCUUUCAGCGCGUUCGUGGCCAAUCCGAAAAUAUUGAAUGGUUUGUCUGAUAGCGGAUUCACAAUCGCUUCUCCAAUACAAGUCACUGCUCUACCUACAGUUAUUACCGGAAAUGGUAAAUUUCCAUUUAAAAAUGGCACUUUAUAAUUGAUAUGUAGUAUGUGACUUAAUGUACUUACAUUAUUUCAAUUCUUACAGACACUGUAAUUGAAGCCAAAAACGGAACUGGAAAAACGUUGACAUUUGUCAUACCUACUCUAAUGAAAUUGAAACUAGAACAGAGUAAUUUACAAUCUAUUAUUUUGGCACCGACACGAGAAAUCGCUUUUCAAAUACAACAAUGUUUCAACCAAGUUGGACGACAUUUGUCUGGUAAAAAUUAAUUAUAAAUAACAAAUAAUUUUAUUAGUUUACCACUUAUUUAAUAUUCAAAAAAAUAAAUAAAUUGUAUAAAGUGCAGAGCUGUCAAUGUUUUGUAAGGCCCCAGGGGACAAUAUAUUUUUCGAGAACCUUUAAAUAUUAAACUUUAUCAAUAAAAAUUCAAUUUUUGUUUGUAUCUCUAUUGAUUAUUACCAUUUUAAAAAUGCACGGUUAAAAAAGGACAUAUUAAUAAAUUUAUAACUUUUAUAGUAAAAAAAUAAAUGUAAUUCAUAAAAUUAAAAUUAAAAUAAUUAUCAUUAAAUAUUGUUUAAUGAUUUCUUCCUAGCUUUUUCAUUCACAAGUCUUCUAUAACAUUUUUAUAAUCUAAACUUAAUAAUAGUUCAUGUUUGAUAUUCUUUAAAGAUAAGUCGUUUAACCAUUUCUGUCUCUUGGCACUUGCUCUUUAGUUAAAUUUAACUUAGAAAAUGUUUAUUUCCUACUAUAGUUGGUAAUUGUCAUUGAUAAAGAAAUUCUGGAAGAUAUUAUUAUGUUUGGUAAUGUUUUUUUUAUUAUUUAUUUGUUAAAAAUGUUUUAAUUCAGACAUUUCAAUUUCCAAUAAAUGUACAAAUUUUUUAUAAUGAACUUUUAUUUCUAUUAUUUAUUACAAUUUUUAACUAAGUUACUAAUGUAUAUAACAGGGAAGUAAAUUUCUAUUUUGAAUUUUUCUGUUCCAGACAAUGAUUCAAAAUUAGUUAUAUAUUUUAACAAUAGUUAACACUCGCAAUACUGUUAAUAUUAUUAGUUUAAAAUUUAAAAUUCACUUUUUAUCAAUUAAGAUUCAUUAUUUUUAUGCAAAGUUAAUUUUAAUGUUUCGCUAAACAUUUAUCAAACAAAAUGUUAAGAAAAAAAAAAAAUGUGAAAUGAUUGUAGGUAAUUUGAAAAUAAAUACAUUUUUAUGAAUCUGAAAAAUUUAUAAUUUAAAGGCAUCGAGCUCAUCUCUUAAAAUGGCACUGAUAAAUUGUAUUACAAAGAUUGAAAAACCUAACAGUUUUACACUAAUACCUAUUAUAUUUGAUUGAAAAUAUAAAAAUUGAACAUUUUUUAUGUGCUCUUAGUAAUAUGUUACUAAUUUAAAUAUAAAUAAAUAAACAAUAACAUGUAUUUACUUCUACUUUUAAUUGUUUUUAAUAAAAAAUUUAGAACUGAAAUGUGAAUAUUUCAUUGGUGGAACUUCAGUUGAAUUAGAUAAGGAAAAGGCGAACGGUUGUCAAAUAGCCGUUGGUACCCCAGGUCGCAUCAAACAUAUGCUCAAUGAUCACGUGCUAAAUGGUUCAGAAGUAAAGACCUUUAUAAUUGAUGAAGUCGAUAGAUUAUUUACUGACGUCAAAUUUUUAAAAGAUGUUAGGUAAUAUAUUAAAUUCAAUAAACAAAAGAAGUAGUAAACAUUUGUCAUAAUCACAUUUUUAAGAAUAUACUACUUAAAUUUUUUUUUAUAUAAUUGUAAUAUAUAACAUGCAUUUAUUAUUCAAUUUUUGUGGUCAAAUAUAUUAAUAUAGUAGUUUUCGUGUAAUUUUAUAUUUUACUACAAAUUGUAUCUUAACUUUUACAUUAUAAUUAAAUUAAAUAGUAUUAAUUACUAUUUUUAUUUAAUUCUAUGAAUUGAACUUUAGUAGUUAAUAUAAUAUGCAUAUAUAUAUAAUACAAAAUUUUUUUUUCAGAUGGAUUGAUGCUAAACUUCCAAAAUUUAAACAAAUUAUUUUUGCCAGUGCCUCUCUUGAUAAAGAUACUGUUCACAUUUUUGACGAGUUUAUGAAUGAGUAUUCAGUGGUUUCUGGAACACCAGGGUCUAUGAACGCCUCUGAAGAUCCAGCUAAGUUCCUAAUAGGUAUUAAGCAGUAUGUAGCAUGUGUAAAAGCAGUCUCCACUAAUAUAAUAUUAUUGCCUGCAAAAAAUCUACGACUUCUAAAUAUCUUACAAAAUAUUUCAUAUACACAAUGUAUUGUAUUCACCAAUUACAUGACUAGGUACAGUUAUUGAAAACCUCAUAUUAAAUAUUAUUAAAAUACAACAAUAAUAAUAGAGCUGUAUAAUUGACAAUUCACGGCUCAUGAAGCUUUUUUUAUGGCCGAUAAAACUCAUUCUAUGGCUUUUUUCUUACUUGACAUACUUUAUUAAACCAUAAUUGUUUAGUAAGUAAAAGGGAGAAAAAAAGUCUUGAUAAAAAAUAAAAUAAAAUAUAGUCUGUAUAAGUAAUAGUUGAUAAUAUUUGGUUCGUUAUAAUUUUUCAGAGCCCAAACAAUUUGUAAUAUGUUACGUGAUCACAACUAUAAAGCGGAUUAUAUAAGAGGAGAUCAAGAUCAACAGAUUCGAUUGAAACUAGUUGAUAGAUUAAUGUCCUUUCAGUCAAAAAUACUUGUUGCCACUGAUUUGGUAGCUAGAGGAAUAAAUUCAUCAAAUGUAGACCUGGUGAUCAAUAUGGAUUGUCCAACCGAUGCAGCUACUUAUCUGCACAGAAUUGGUCGAGCUGGACGAUUUGGGAACAAAGGUUAGUAUAUUUAUUGUUACAUACCUAGUUAAAAUGUAUUUCAACUAAACAUUUUUUUUAGCAAGUGCUGUUACUAUAUUGGAUGAUGGAAAAGAGUUGAAAUCUUUCAAACAAAUUAUAAAUAGUAUUGAGUACAUUAAAAUAAAAACUAUACCGAUUGCAAUUUCAAAACCUUUAUAUGAAUACACAGACGAAGAGAUUGAAAUUCUUGAUUUGACAACUGAACCUGAUGAAAUUCUAGAAAAAAGUAAUAAUAACUGAAGAAGCAAAAUAGAUAAUAAUAGAAAUGAUAAAUUAACUUAUUAAUUUUUAAAUAGUUAUUAACAAUUAAAUUAUUUUAUUUCUGGUGCUAUUCCAGGUGAUUCUGAAACAGAUGUCAACAAUGUACCUCUUUGUGAUAAUAUAGUCCUAACAACUGAAUCUGAUAUUCCAAAAAAGUAUCAAAAUGAAAAUAAUGAAACAGAUGAAACUUCUAAUAACAUAACUGAUGAAAAUAAAAUAGAAAUUCAUGAAAAAAGUAAACUAAAUUAUUUUAAAAUUUAUACCAGGUGAUCCAUUUAAGUGGGUACAUUCAUUAACUCAGAAAGUUUUAACUUAUUCCGGAAUUUAUUUUUUAGAAAAUUUAAGGAACAAGCUGAUCUACAAUUUAUAUUUUUAUUAUUUCUUUGUUACCUUUAUUUUUAGGGGUAAAAUCACUAUCUACUUUUGAUUUUCAAAUUUGACAACCUAUAUUAAAAAUUACAUAAAUAGAUGGUGUAUUAGUUAAAAUAAAUUUUAGUGUUGACAUUUUUUGAUCUCCGUCAAUCCAUUGACGAAAUAUUCCAGUUUUAAGUUUAGAUUAAAGGAGAGUAGUGGAGUUUUAUUUGUGUGGCGGUACGGUUAGGUAACAAUAUGCCACUACUCUCCUCCAACCUAAACUUAAUAGUGGAAUAUCUCAUCAACGGUUAUUUGUGGCAUUUUUAAUAUAGGUUGCCAUUUUAAAAUCAACUAUAAGUUGUGGUUUUACCAUAGACCCUAUAUUAAUAGACAAGCCUUUUGUACAUGUAGAACGGCCAUAGAUAGAGGGCGCUCUUCACGUGUGACUUUACGUGGUAUUAUUGUACAUUGUACUACACAUACAAUGACAACACUGAUGUGAUUAUACUGCACACCUCUGUAAUAUAUUUGACCAGUUACUACCUCAGCUACUAUAUAAGAAAGGCCAGUCUAUUAAUAUAAGGUCUAUGAGUUUUACACUCAAAAUUAAGAGAGAUAAAAAAUAACAUUAAUAUAAAAUUCUAAAGAUGCUUGUUUCUUAAAUAUUCUUAAAAACAAAUUUCAAUAAAAGUUAAUACUUUCCGAGAUAAUGAGUGUAUCUUUUUAUAUGGAUCACCCAGUAUUAACAAUAUUAAUAAUAUUUUAUAUAUUAUUUGUGCAAUUGCAGAUAAUUUUGAAGGAAUGGCUACUGUCUCUGAAACAAAUUUCAACGAAAAACCUCUUAAUGUUGAUACAUGUGAAGAAGAAUCCUUAGACAAUCUUCGCAAAUUUGUUAAAGAAACAGAAAAGAAACUCAUUGAUGAAAACCAAAUCAACCAAAAAUUUUUAACUAAGGAUAGAACAUUUGUUUUAUUCAACCCAGAAACUUAUCUUGAUGACACUACUCAAUAUGAAAAUUAUCAAGAUGUAGUAAACAUGGUUACAGAUUUAUUUGAAUUGGAUCCUCUUAAAAAAGAGGCUAAUGAAAUUGAAAACUCUGUUCCUAAUAAACAAAAUGAGAGUUUAAAAAAAAAUACUCACGAUAGCACUGAUAAAAAAAUUAGCGAAACAAAUGAUAUUUCAAAUGAAUCAAAUAGUUCUAAUUUCACUGAUAUUGAAAGUGAUUCAAGUAUUAUUGAAACACCACGGAAUACCAAUGUUAUUGAUUUAUUCAAUUUACACGACUUUAAGGUUUUAUUACCUCAAAACUCUGAUGAAUGUAGCCAAAAACAUAAAAAAAACUGUGCAGAAGAAGUAUUUAAUGUAAAUGGAAAGAAAGACGAACAAGAAAACUUGUUAGAAGAAUAUAAAGAAGAAUUUGAUACUAAAAUAGACGAAAGUUCUGAUGAAGAUAUUGAAAGUAAACAGUAUAAUGAAGAUAGUGAAAGUGAGAAUUAUGAUGAAGAUAGUGAAAGUGAAAAUUCGGAUGAAGAUAAUGUAAGUGGAUAUAGUGAAUAUAGGAAUGAAAUUAUUGAAUGUGAACAUUUAGAUGAAGAUAGUGAAAGUGAAAAUUAUGAUGAAGAUAGUGAAAGUGAAAAUUCAGAUGAAGAUAAUGUAAGUGGAUAUAGUGAAUAUAGGAAUGAAGUUAUUGAAUGUGAAAAUUUAAAUAAAGGCAAUGAAAGGAAACAUUUUAAUGAACAUCUCAAAUAUGAACAUUUUAAUGAAGAUAUUGAAAAUAAAAAUUUCAAUGAAGGUAUUAAAAAACAAAACAAAAAUUCAUUUAGAUCGAUAAAAAUAUUGAAUUGCAAUAGCACAGAAAUAAAUAGUAUCGCACCACAGUUGGCUGUAAAUGAAAUUGAAAACAAUGAAUCACAAUAUAUGGAUUAUAAUAUUUUAAAUGACUGGUAUAAUCAAUGGAAACAGCAAAUGAAUUUCAUACAAACAUGUGUGAAGUUGAGCAGAUAAGUGUACUAAAAUUUAUUCUAAUGAGCUGAAGUGAAUUUAGUUUCUAGUUUAAAUUUUAACUCUGUAAUAUUUAUUGAAUUAUUUUUUUUAAAUUCAUUUAAGUAAUAAUAAUUUUUUUACAAUAAAACACAUUUUAUUUUAUAAAUUUUUACGAUAAACAUUUAUCAGUCGUAAUAAUAGUAUUAAAUAAAAAUAUAUUAGCGGUAUUAUAUAAUAUCACGAUAAGUUUUUUGUAUACAUUAAAAUAUAAAGACCUAAUCUUCUUGAUCUAUUUGAGAUCACAAAUUUCCAAUUUUUGUUAAUUUUUACAAUGUAGCAAUAAAAUUAACAACACAAGUAGCACCUAAUAGGUAUACAGUGUAAUCGAAUAACACAUAAUAAAGGGGAUGUACUUAAAAAAUAUAUAUUUUAGUAAAAUAAUAUUAUGGACGUAAUGGUGAAUGAUGGAUAUUGUCAUCUGAUUGGCGGCACCGCUGCGGCUGAUUUUAUCGAACUGUUCAUUUGUUCACUGGCAAACUUGUAAAGUUUUUCUCUAUUCUUGUAUAUGAUGUUGGCGAACUGAUCUACGUUGCCAUAUGUCUCAAAACGGGUGUUGGUGCACAUACAGGCCUUGGAUUCGGGUAGUUUUGGGUCGCAGUCGACCGGAUGGUAAACGUGUACCAAGUCGGGAUCGGCAGCGCGGAAUACGAUCGCUGGACGUGUGCGGACGAACUUGUCGAAUAGGUCUACGUCCUCGUUACCCCAUCCCCGGAUUGUGGUGUUGAAUCCACCCGUAGCGGUUAGGUCGGACUUGUACACGCUGACGAUGCCGAAUCCGAAUUGCCUCCAGUAUCCGGUGUCCUGGUUGACUAGGAAGUGGUUGGGCGACGUGGGCCGACCGUAAACGACCACCGGGUCGUACUCGCUGUAUACUAUGGGGAAGUACGCGGACCGGCCGCGCACCGUGUUCAGCCGGACGCGUUCGAUUAGCGCUGUUGUCCAUAGCAUGUCCACGUCGACGAACAGCAGCAGGUCGUCGGGCGGCGGGCCGACCCGAUCGGCGCCCGCGUGCAGCGCCAAGGCCCGGGCGAACGGGUCCCCGAGGUCUGGCAGCACGGUGAUACUGGCACCCGGGUAUUUGGCCAUCAGCCCGGCCGCGACAGCCACAGCCCGGUCGACGGUUGCCCGGCCGAACGGCACCACGGUAAGCGUAACGCGCUCGUCGUUGGCCAGGCACACCGACUCGUAAUUACCCAUAAACCGGUCGAACGUAGCCAACCGGUUGAAUAGCGGCAAUAUAAAGUGCACCGUCUUUAACCGCACCCGGUCCGGCAACCGUUUCGCCGGCGAUCCCACCGGUACCGGUUGCCCGUCCACCCGGAGCAUACCGUUGUCCGCCAUGUCCUUGUACGGCCCGGUCCCGUCGUCUUCGGCCGCCGCUAUCUCGUACGCCUCGUCGGGUCGUUUCCACUCGAGUUCCGAUCCGUCCAACACUUCGCGCACUUCAAAACCUGUAGUAAAGUC